AUGCGUCUUCUAUCACUUUCGAUCACUUUCUUGUUUACCUUUGGCGUUCUGGCCCGCCCAGUCAAGGACACAACAAUCACUCCUUCCGGAGAACUUCAGUUCACAGAGGACCCUGGGAAAGCUGAAGAGCCCGAAGACGCACAGCUCUUUUUCCUGUGGGAUCCAGAAACAAAAUCCGAAUCGGAGGUGGCCGCCACGACGAGUUACUGAG